AUGAUUGAUCGUCCGAAGCAGAACGGACUCGGUGAACCAACUUCUCCAGAGACAGCCUCCAGCAAAAACGAGAAGAACGAUGGUUGGAGAGGCCUCAUUAAUAGCCUAGUCAUAUUCGGCCGGGUGGAAGUGCGAGGCAUCACCCCAAUUCCCAUCGAAGAGCGGGUUGUUACCAAGACGGUCAACGUCUUUACGUUAUGGUGGUGUAUGAAUGCGAACAUGCUCCCGAUCACCUUUGGGAUGCUCGCCGCAACAUAUGGGCUUGCACUGAGAGACUCGGCUCUAGUCAUCAUCUUCUUCACUCUUCUGACGACGACUUUACCGGCAUAUCUGUCAACCUUGGGCCCAAAGACGGGAAUGAGGCAGAUGAUACAGGCAAGGUUUAGCUUUGGUCGUCACUUGGUCGCGGUUCCCGUUCUACUCAAUCUGGCAACUCUGGUAGGGUUCUGCGUAAUCAUGGCAGUCAUCGGCGGACAAUGCCUUUCGGCCGUCGGAGGUGGCGACGUAAGUCCUGCAGUAGGCAUCGUCAUCGUGGCUCUUCUCGCUCUGGUGAUCUCCUUUUGCGGGUUCACCAUUCUUCAUCUCUACGAAAGGUUCGCAUGGAUACCGGCUGUCAUAGCAAUUGUUAUUGCCACAGGUUGCGGUGGUUCACACUUGAAGGAUCAAGCACCGACCGAGCCGGCGACUGCACAGGCUGUUGUCUCCUUUGGCAUGAUCGUGGCUUCGUACAUGAUCCCUUGGGCAUGUCUGGCUUCGGAUUUCACAACUUAUCUGGAACCAUCUACUUCAUCGAAAAAGAUCUUCUGGUACACUUACGCAGGUCUCGCGACCCCCACGAUCCUCCUCAUGAUCCUCGGCGCGGCGAUCGCAGGAGCAGUAACUAGCGUUCCCUCAUGGGAGACCGGCUACGAGGAUAACCUAGUCGGCGGUGUCAUGGCGGCGAUGCUAAGUCCGGCAGGAGGGUUCGGCGCGUUCGUCACCGUAAUCCUCUCUUUCACGCUCCUCGGCAACAUCGCAGCAACAAGCUACUCCGUAACCCUCAACUUCCAGCUCCUCCUCGCGCCUUUCUCUCGAAAGGCCACGGCCGUCCCGCGCUACGUCUACGCGCUGCUAGUGACAGCGGUGGUCAUCCCCGUCGGCAUCCGAGCGGCAACCAACUUCUUCGCGAGCCUAGAGAACUUCAUCGCUCUCAUAGGUUACUGGUCUGCGGCCUUUCUCGGCGUGGUUCUCGUCGAGCACCUCUGGCUUCGCGGUGCCGACUGCGCGAGUUACGACCCCGACGCCUGGGAUGACGCCGCGAGACUGCCUCUCGGUGUGGCGGCAUUGGCGGCGUGCGUCUCUUGCUUCGGUAUUGUCGUCCCCUGCAUGGCGCAGGUGUGGUGGAUCGGGCCGAUCGCCGAGACGACCGGGGAUAUUGGGUUCGAGCUGGCGUUUGUGGUAUCUGGGUUGCUGUAUUUGGUGUUUAGGAAGUUGGAAAAGAGAUUUUCAGGGCGAUGA